GGUGCGCGGCGAGGCUGGCAGGGGCGAGAGCGCCCGCCCGAGCUGCCCCCGGGAGCCCGCCCGCCUCGCCUCUCCUCAGCCGCCGCCGCCGCCGGGGGGGCGCGUCCCGCCCGCAGCCGCCUGCAUGACACUCCGCAAGGGGGAGAGAGCGACCAUCAGCAUCCAGGAGCACAUGGCCAUCGACGUCUGCCCCGGCCCCAUCAAGCCCAUCAAGCAGAUCUCCGACUACUUCCCCCGCUUCCCGCGCGGCCUGCCCGCCGCCGCCAGCCGCCCCGCCAGCCGCCCGCCCCUCAGCCCCGCCGAGCCACCCCGCGAGGAGGACGAGGACGUGGACCGGCUCUUCGGGGCGUACGGCGCCAGCGGCCCCGCCGAGCAGCCGGCCCCGCGCCCGGCCGAGGAGGAGGCGGCGGACGCCGAGGGCUACGAGUCCGACGACUGCACUACGCUGGGAACACUAGAUUUCAGUUUGCUGUACGACCAAGAAAACAAUGCUCUCCACUGCACAAUCAAUAAAGCCAAGGGCCUGAAGCCAAUGGAUCAUAAUGGUUUGGCUGAUCCAUAUGUCAAAUUGCACUUACUCCCGGGCGCUAGUAAGGCAAAUAAGCUAAGAACAAAAACUUUGCGGAACACUCUGAAUCCCACCUGGAAUGAGACCCUCACUUAUUAUGGCAUCACAGACGAGGAUAUGGUUCGCAAGACGCUAAGAAUUUCUGUCUGCGAUGAAGACAAGUUCCGCCACAAUGAGUUCAUCGGGGAGACGAGAAUCCCGCUGAAGAAGCUAAAGCCCAACCAAACCAAAACCUUCAGCAUCUGCCUGGAAAAGCAGCUGCCGAUAGAUAAAACAGAAGACAAGUCCCUGGAGGAGCGCGGCCGGAUCCUCAUCUCCCUCAAGUACAGCUCCCAGAAGCAAGGUCUCUUGGUCGGCAUCAUCCGCUGCGCACACCUGGCUGCCAUGGAUGCCAACGGCUACUCUGACCCCUACGUGAAAACCUACUUGAAACCAGAUGAGGACAAGAAAUCAAAGCACAAGACUGCAGUGAAAAAGAAAACACUAAAUCCUGAAUUCAAUGAGGAAUUUUGUUAUGAAAUAAAGCAUGGUGACCUGGCAAAGAAGACCUUAGAAGUCACUGUGUGGGAUUAUGACAUUGGAAAAUCAAAUGAUUUUAUUGGUGGAGUAGUGUUAGGAAUUAAUGCCAAAGGUGAGCGGCUGAAGCACUGGUUUGAUUGCCUGAAAAACAAGGACAAGAAAAUAGAGCGCUGGCACACACUAACAAACGAGCUGCCAGGGGCCAUCCUCAGCGAUUGACCCUAAAGACAGGCCCGGGACCCUGAAGAUAGCCCAGCUCUCUCUCUCACAACCAGAACCAGGAACAAUUCAUGCCUUUGGACUUCUAGUUUACUUACUACAUUUAAAAGGAUACUAAGUCAGCAAGAAAGAGUGGCUUGGUAAAUUCCAACUGAUGGUCAGACUGCAGGGAAAUACCACUGAACAAGAUACAACUGAUUUUCUCUGUUCAGUGGGUGCGAUCCCCUCGGGUUUUCUCCCAGGUGUCUCUGAGCACCCCCUCUCUCCAACACACACAUACACACGGUCAAUUGAGAGAAAAAAUGGCCUGCAUGCACUAGAAUUGUGACUUAUUUACUAACUAUUUGAUAUACUGAAUUAUCUUCUUGCUGCCUUGCAAAAUGAAUGGAUCACUUUUUGUUUGUGUAGCUACUAUGGGCAAAAAGCAUUAUUAAAUGGAACUGUUUUACUAAGGCGACUGUGCCACAUUUCUGGUUGUCAGUUUCUGUGGUUUGGGCCCGAACAGUCGAAAUGCACUUAAACAUCACGGUUUGAAAUGAUCAUCUUCUCCAAUAAUCGAUGAGGACUGUUUGCUUUUCUUUCAGAAAUGUAAUGCUUGUCCUGUCUGAUAAUCUAUAUGAAGUAUACCAGUAUGCUAAAAGGGCUGUGCAGCUAUAUAAGGCUAUAUAUAAAUAUAUAUAUAUACACAUACUUCCUUAUAUACAGUAGGCACUUGCAGCCUCACCAGGAAUAAUAUAAGGCUUCACAUUUGCUAAGAGAAGUUUUGAUAUUUAAGAAAGAUCAGAAAAUCUACAGACCAUUCCAUUCCAGCACUUACUCUUGCUCUGUUACAGACAGUGGGACUUCACACUAGCACUUCAAUGCAGCUGCUAUUUUUAGGAAACCAUGAAUCUGCCUUUCUUCCUGUCAACUACACAGCUGGUUUGAACAGGACUGUUUUUCAAUGAAACUUAUCUUCAGAUUUUACUUUUAGUGCAGACAUUUCAUUCAGGUUAGUGAGAAUGAGCAGAACCCCCAAAGACUUGCCACCAGCUAGAAGGGCAAGAGGAGGCAGAUUUGAUGCUACAGUAAGUGCCAUGGGUCAAAUUCUGCCUUUGAUUACAUGCACACAACCUUCAUGGACUCCAGUGGGCAUUGCACACGUGUUAGGGACAGAGAAUUUGGCUUUGUCUCUUCCUUUAUUCGGCCUUCUUAACAGUGUAUGUAACUCCAUAACUCCCCAGGCAGGCCAAUUAUCCAUUCCCCUCUACAAAUCUGUUCUUUGCAUCUGGGCUGGCUUCAGUCAGUGUCCAAAGACUUAGGCCCUGAUUUUGCCCUACUGACAUCAUUGGUAGUUUUGUGGGAACAUAAUCAAUCCCUGGUGGAAUGUGCAAGGGACAACUGCAAGUCUGAGUUAUUGAGAGUGAUCCAAUCUAAUAAAAAGUUGGUUCUAGAAUCUCUCCCGCUACCAAACACAUAGCUCCCAAACCAAAAUUCUCUACUCUGUCACAGUCACACCAUACACUGGAUCAAAGUUUCCUCUCUUCCUUUCAUUAACCACACUGUUCUAUUUUCCUAACCUUGUCCAAGACAGUUCACAGGUUUUUCUGCAAACACAAGAAGUCACAAAUGAGCUAAACUAACUGCAAAAUGCUGCAUGUCAGAAUUUUCAGAAGCCUUUAACCCAUGCAUUAUUGAAAAGGUCCAUAGUUACAUUCAAGUCUUUACUCUCUACUACGUAGUAGUUAAUAAACAUGUAUUUUGGGGCUGAAGGUCACUUUUUGGCAACAAUCAGAUCUGUUUAGACCUACAUUUAUUUUUCAAAGUUAUAAUAAUAGUACACCUUGUUAGAUAUGGGAAAACCUUCUUAGGGUCUUUUUAACAAUGUAAUAUUUGUAGUGAAUUAUGCAGAUAUGCAUGAAUUUUAUUUGAAUGCCAACAGUAUGUCAAGUUAGAUGAUCUCACCAAUUCUCUCUUGCCCAUGUAUGUUACUUUUCCAGCACUUUAAAAUAUAGCAGGAUAUUUAGGGCUUGAUUUCAGAAGUGCUGAGCCCCCACAGCUCUCACUGGCGUCCAUGGGAGCUGCAUGUGUUCAAGGGCUCUGAUAAUGAGGCUCUUAGAAUGGCCAGGAAUAAUAGGGACUCUCCCUUUUUGUCAGUUAUUUUAAAAGUACCAUUUGUUUAAGCAUAUAUUUUGCCAUAACACUGGUUUAUGCCUAAUGUGGAGUGGGACAUAAUGUGUGCAUUUUUUCAUUUUGUAUUGAAGUCUUUUUUAACUGGGCUGUAUAUAUAAAUUGCAUGCAAGAUGGUUGUUGUCAUGCAAGAACUUGUUAAAUGUUUGAUACCAAUGUUUUGCUACAAUGUGAAGGCUGCAGUAAUUGUCCUUAACUGCAUCCUACAACAAUUUUGUAUUUCAGUAUUAUCUAUGUGUACUUUUUGUUGGAUUUGUUAAUAUUUAUAAAUAGAACCCAAAAUAAAAAGGAAAAAAAAGGUGAAUUCUAAAGGUUCAGCUCUGAGUCUCCCCCUAUUUGUACAGUUAUCGCUCAGUCCACAAUGCCGCAUUUUAAACUCUCAGAUGCUGGAAUGACAACGAACAUGACAGACUUUCACCUCCUUUGAGGUCGUCAGUUUUCACAGGCACUAGACGAAUCGUUUAGGACUUUAUGCACUUUUUUUUAUGAUCUUAACUUUUCAGAGCACUUCAGGGGCAAAAAUUGCUCAGCAGCAGCUGAUUCUACCUGGAAAAAAAUGUUUCUUUUGCCAGUUGUAAAAACCAAGGGCCAAAUCCUGCUUGUUUUACUCAUGUGGUAAUCCUACUGAAGUCAGCUGAGUGAAGAGCAGGAUCUGGCUUCCAAUUUGUAUUGGGACAAUGUUGGAAUGUUACAAGUGCAUCACGAAAAAAUGCUAUUGUUUUGCUUCCUUAGGAUUGUUUUACAAGGCAUACUGACCCCUGACAGAAACUCAGAGUAGAUAUUCUCUGUGACAUUACAAGUACCUGCUGGGUUCAAAAAGGGUUAUGAAUCCACAUGGGGGAUAAGCAGCAGAAGCAGAUGAACUAAGCAACAAAGAGGUAUUUCCUAGUGGGGGAAAUCAAAGGUGCAAAAUUAAAACCCAGAGUAGAGCUAGCUAGUGGAUUUAUUUUUGGAGUUGGAACAUCUGCAUUUUAAUCUCAGCUCUGCCUGUGGCUUGCUGUGUGGCCUUGGGCAAAGUCACUCAGCCACUCUGCCUCUGCUUCCCCAUCUGUAAAACGGGGAUAUUUAUCUACCUCACUGGGGCCUUGUGAGGUUUGUACAUUGCUUUGAAAAUUUAAAGCACUACAAUUGUGUGGAAAAACCCUGAGUGGGGUUCAGAGGUUUCCAGUAGUGUCACUAAAAGAAGUUAUUUAGUAACGUUACCAGGGAGGCAUUUUAAAAGGAAUAUGGCUGCUCUGAGAGUGCUUCAGUGCAUGGGGUUUUUUUAGCCAAAUGGUACAACACGCUCUGUGGCUCUUAAGAUGAUUGAUAAAUAAUAUUUCCAAUAUGCAUCAAGGAAUGCAGUGACAAAUUUGUGAAUUUGCUGUUCAAAUAAAAGCUACAUAAAGGAGCAAGGAAAUAUUUCUAAAGUCAUUUUAUCCAAAAGAUGAGAUUACAGCUACCUGUGGAAUUCCACUUUCAGCUGAGUUCUGUAGAUUUGGAAGAUUUAACUUUAUUUGCCAAAGGUUUAUAUUCAGAGUUCAAGACGGUGAGUAGCUAAAUUGGUACCAGAGGUGAAGAUCCUAUUUAAAGGGUGGCAUCUAGCUUAGGGAGCACUGGCUCUUUAACAAUACUAGCCUUUUUUAUUCAGCAUCUCAAAAUGAAGGCAGUAGCUUUGGAUUUCAAACCUCCUACUGAAUAUUCCCAAGAGUCCCUUCUCAUGAGUCCUUCUUUGUUACCAAAUAUCAGACUGCAUGUGUUUUCCCAUCAGUGUACAUAGGACCAACUUAUCAACUGCCUAGCCUAAUACAGGAUAUGCAACUAAAUGUAUACUAGAUUUGGACACUUAUCUCAUCUUGGCUAGCUGUCCUCUGUUUGUUGCAAAGUGCGUGAUUGUGUUCUUACAAAAAACAGCUCCAGUUGCAAAUCAGAAGUUUAUGUGGCAAUGCUCAGCACUGUUAACUGCUUCCUGUAUUCAUGCUCUCUAUAGACAAAGAAAUAACUGAGCAUUAAGUUUUUCCUGAUAUUGUUUAAAAUGAGCUAAAUGACGACAAAAAAAUUCAGUGUCUAUGUUUACACAGCUGCCCCAAAUGCAUUGCAGUUUCUAACAGUUAGUGAUUUUCCAGCCAACCACAGCAGAUUCUCAGCUAUUCAAUAGUCAGCUCCAUAAUGCAGAUAUUUACUGGAUUUUGCAGUAAGUAUGUUUUUAAAAACUGACAGACUGAAUGGGCAUUAACACUGCUCCAAACCUUGUUUCCGCUCCCAUCUGCCCCGCCCAAAGUGUCUGCCUUUCAGCUUUUAAUCCAAAACCUGUUUUGGUCUAAGGACAGCUUCAUGUACUAGAAUUCCCCAGCUAGUACCUUGGGACAAAUUUACCACAUACACCAGGAGAAGGUUGUUUUUUGUAAUUUUCUUACUUGUGUCUAAUACUCCUGCACCCUUAUUCUCUGUGACCUCCAUGUUUCUCCUGAGAAUAGGGGAGAUGCUUAGGUCUUGACUUGCAUAGUAAAACUGGUUGGCUGGCGUUUUUAUUGCAAUCCUCUGUGUUUGUAUCAAUAUUUGGUUGUAACUUCAAAGGUUUUUGGACUGAAUUUAUGAAGUAGGGAAGAGCAUGCAUUGUAUUUAAUGUACUAGGUUUGACUUGUCUUUUUAACAAAGUUAAAAUAAAGAAUGCUUAUGCAUUGGCUUUGGCAUAUACUAUUCAAA